CUGUAUUUUUCUGUUUAUAACAUUUUAGGGGGUGUAACGCCAUGACCAUUUCUCUAAUUCAGAACCAGAAGCGUAGCAACAACAUGAAUAUGAACACUAAUCCAUUGUUCAGGAGAGAUUCAUUUGGCUAUUAUUCUCAUGAGCACCAUAAUUAUACAUUGAUGGAGAAGAGGCAAUUGUUUCUUAGAAGCUAUCAAUUUAGUAGAAAGAAGAGCUUUUCCGAGAGAAUCAAAGGCUCUUUUGUCCGUCUCAGAAAAGUUGUAAUACGAUCUGCUAGGAAACUCAGGAGGUUGGAAUUUUCUGUGUUUAAAAUCAAAUGUGGCUUCUAUUACCGAAGAUAUCACAAUAAGUUUCGGAAAAGCCAAUUUUCCUCGUGUUUAUAUUAGUGUCUAAAUAUGAAAUAUUGAUAGACACCUCAACAUCAAUGAUAAUUUGAGGAAAUAUAAAUGAUUGAAUGUAAUUAGAUAUAUCGAAGAUGCAAGAUACUCAGUCAUGCUUGUGCUAGAGUAGGUCCAUUACUAAUUAUCUCUUGUGAGAGAAUUGAGAGAAAUUUAUUUCAUUUGUAACUUUUCAUUUCAUGAUUUAUCGGUCACUGC